AUGUGCUGUAGACCAAUACACGACAGAUACAUUUUGCAAGUCAUGGAUGUUUUUUAUCACGAACAUUGCUUGCAAUGUUUCGCGUGCGGAGAACGCCUUUAUCAAACUUGCUAUUUCAGAGACUCGAAAUUGUUUUGCAAAUUAGAUUAUGACAGAAUAUAUAGCAAAAAAUGUCUGGGAUGCUCCGAACGCAUUUCGCCUGAAGAAUUGGUUAUGAAAACAUGCGAUAGUGUUUUUCACGUUCGGUGUUUUGCGUGCGUGGUAUGCGGUAUGCGAUUGCAAAAAGGGGACCAAUAUGUCUUUAAACAAGGACAAGUCUUUUGCAAGCCUGACUACGAGAAAGAAGUAGAAAUGUUGCAAGGUUACAAUCAAGGUGAUUUUUUCUGUGAUGAAUUUACACAAUCAUCACGAUCAUCUGACGGAAGGAGGGGACCGAAACGGCCCAGAACAAUACUCACCACUCAGCAACGCAGGGCGUUCAAGGCUUCUUUUGAAAUAAGUCCCAAACCGAGUCGAAAAGUCCGCGAAAAUCUUGCUAAAGACACUGGACUUAGUGUUAGGAUAGUACAAGUGUGGUUUCAAAAUCAAAGGGCGAAGGUGAAGAAAAUGCAAAAGAAAGCACGUCAAGAUAAUAAAGACGUUAAGGAUGUAGAAAAUGAUGAGAAAAAAUUAGGACUGAAGGAGGAAGAACAGAGCCCUCGAUCCAGUUCGUUUUUAAAUGAUAGUUGUAGUAAUGAUGCUGAUUUGGACUCGACCACAGUUGGAUUCUUUCAACAGUUGCACAACGACUCUAAACAUUUUUUACACAUAAAAGAGGAAACAGAGAACGACGAGAACUUUUUUAAAAAUAAACAAGAUCAUAAUACUCAACAAAUCGCUGAAUCACUUCACACUAAAUAUCAAUCAAAUUUAUUGAAUGGUUUCAAUUUUGGUUCGAAUUUGCCUGGAAACCAUGGCGCCACAUUGUUUUUGUCACCCCCGCCUGCCCACCAAAAUCCUCCCCAUCUGAAUAUCAUGGGGUUGAACCCGAUCGAUCGACUUUAUUCCAUGCAAAAUCAGUACUUUUGCGAGGUCGAAUCGGCGCCUUUAGAAUAAUUUUUGUAAGCAACUAAAAGGACAACGUAAGUUAUUUUAUUAAUAAUAACCAGAAAUG